AAGAAACCAGAAAUAAACCAGCAGCAAAAAGAUGAGGUGAGUGUUGUGCUUUCAGCUGGGAGCUUGUAACAUCAGCGCCUCACAACAGCCGUACUGUGGGAUAAAUGACUUCUCUGUGUUGGAAAAAGACCUCAAACAGAGAGACCUUUUCUAGCAAGGUGAUGUUGCUACCCACUACCCUAGGCAGGAAGAAGCCUGUGCCAUCAGGGUCCCUCACUCGGCAAGAAGGACCUGGGAUCAGCGAUGUAAAUCAAAGAGUAGAGAGCAGGAAACCCUGAAAAAAGCUGUUGGAUCUGGGCACUUUGAAAUGAAGAGAGACUAUGAUUAUGACCUAAUCUCUGGGGAGCAACAAUAAUGGGGCUAUAACUGCAAGGUGAAUUAUUCUCAGAGUGCCAUGGAGAAUAGCUUGACAGCAAAGAACCCAAGCUAACUUAGUAACUCACUUAUAUUUAAUACAGUAGCCACUGGCUAGAAAACUGCAUCAAGGGCCAAAGGGAUUUGUACUCAGGUUCCACCACCCUACUACUCCCCGCCUUCCUUUCUCCAAUGAAGACGAAAAGGCAACCUAAGACUCUCCAAGAUCUUUGCCAGAGAGUCUGAAAUAUUGUGCCUUUGAUUGGGAUGAUUUCAUCCUGAUGGGCCACUUCAACAGGAUGUACAAAGCGUGACUUGGGUGAUGAGCAUUCAGACAGGACUGACUUGAGGCACAGAGUUUGCACAUGAAUCAUGAGGGAUGGCUGGAAUUGAAGGAGCCUGUCCAUGUCCUGUCUUUGGAAGACUAAUGUUAAAGAAGAACUCUUGAAAGUUUCAUCUGAUGGCUUUUGCUGAAAAAUUAACACCUGCUGGUCCACGCAUCUGCCUACCUGAUGUAAUGCAGCCUGCCUGCUGUGAUUGUAUCUCUUUGCUUUGCUAUGCAAUUGGAGUUCUAAAUUAUAAAGUAUAAAGAAAAAUGUUCUUUCCUGGAAAAGAAGAGAGCAUCAAAAGUAAAAAAGGACUGUGAUUCUUAGACAAUGUGGAACAAUACAAGGAGUUGAUUCCCGAGGCUACCUAUAAAGAGAACUGACGUUUUAAUUUCAGAGCAGAAAGGUAUGAAGGCUGAAAGGGUAUUAAAAUGUCCCACCAAUUAGAGGGAUGGAAAAUUAUAUUAGAAACAAAAGCACCUAAUGCGUUACGCUUCAAUAGAUCUGAAGGGCUAGUUAAAUGGACACUGGAUAAACUGAAUCAAUAGCCUAUUUAAGUGAGGAUACAUGUAAGCUGGAAGGUGAUUGUUCCCCUGGUCUGCUGAGUUUAUUUGUACAGAACUCUCUGAGGAUUUUUCUGCUGGCCUGUUCCUCUUAGAAUAUUCUAUCUUAGGCUGAAAUCCAGAAAAAAUUGCUGGGGGGGAAAUGACAGUGAUGGUCAACUUCAGCUACUUGCAACAGAAUGUCUGAUGUUUCUUAAUGAGAUUUCUGAGGAUGAUGGCAUCCCUCUCAAGGGUGAAGAGACUAUAGCACAAGCCUUAAAGGACUACUGGGUGGUGAGUAAUUAAUGGACACCUGAUGUCUAUUUUGUAAGCUCUGCAAGGACAUGAGCUGAUGUCAUCACAAAUCCAAUGCUAUGAUAUUGCCUCAGGAGAAAAUAUGACUUGGAACAACACCACUAUGGACGGGGAAGGGUUGUUUGUGAAAAGGGAUUCCUGCUUCCGAAUCCUCACCGGCUGCUUUCUCUCCUUGCUGAUACUCUCCACGCUGCUAGGGAACACCCUGGUCUGUGCAGCUGUCAUUAAGUUCCGCCAUCUGAGGUCCAAGGUCACCAACUUCUUUGUGAUUUCCCUGGCGGUCUCGGACCUUUUAGUAGCAGUCUUGGUAAUGCCUUGGAAAGCUGUUGCAGAGAUAGCUGGAUUCUGGCCUUUUGGAUCAUUCUGUAACAUCUGGGUCGCAUUUGAUAUCAUGUGUUCUACAGCCUCCAUCUUAAAUCUGUGUGUCAUUAGUGUGGACAGAUAUUGGGCCAUCUCCAGUCCAUUUAGAUAUGAGAGGAAAAUGACUCCCAGAGCAGCUUUUAUCAUGAUCAGCGUGGCAUGGACUUUGUCUGUGCUGAUUUCUUUCAUCCCAGUGCAACUGAACUGGCACAAGGCUAAAACCACAAGUUUCUUAGACCUGAAUGCCAGUUUCCAAGGUGUAGCCAUGGACAACUGUGAUUCCAGUUUAAAUAGGAUGUACGCCAUCUCUUCUUCCCUCAUUAGCUUUUACAUCCCAGUGGCCAUCAUGAUAGUAACCUAUACAAGGAUAUACCGGAUUGCUCAAAAACAAAUAAGACGCAUUUCAGCUUUGGAAAGGGCAGCGGUGCAUGCGAAGAACUGCCAAACCACCACCGGCAAUGGAAACAGUAUGGAUUGCCAGCAGCCAGAAAGUUCCUUCAAAAUGUCCUUCAAAAGAGAAACAAAAGUCUUAAAGACGUUGUCAGUGAUCAUGGGGGUGUUUGUAUGCUGCUGGUUACCGUUUUUCAUACUGAACUGCAUGGUGCCCUUCUGUGAGUCCAGUAUACCAUCCAGGGGAGCAGAACCUUUUUGUAUUAGUUCGACCACAUUUGAUGUUUUUGUUUGGUUUGGAUGGGCCAAUUCCUCGCUGAACCCCAUCAUUUAUGCCUUCAAUGCAGAUUUCCGCAAGGCAUUUUCAACUCUCUUGGGAUGCUACAGACUCUGUCCCACUUCCAGCAAUGCUAUAGAGACAGUUAGUAUCAACAACAAUGGGGGCGUCGCCUUUUCCAGUCAGCUUGAGCCCAGAGGGUCCAGUCCCAAAGAGUGUAAUUUGGUUUAUCUGAUCCCACAUGCUGUUAUAUGCCCAGAAGACGAUGACAUUCUGAGAAAAGAAGAGGAGGGGGAGCUAUCUAAAACGCUGGAGAAACUGUCUCCAGCUCUAUCAGGUAUCUUGGAUUUCGAAGCUGAUGUAUCUUUGGAAAAAAUCAAUCCCAUCACUCAAAACGGUCAACAUAAAACCUGAGGUCCUUUGUUAAUCCAUCAAAAUGUAACCAUCUGAGAAAGAUAUUAAGGCGUUCUCUGUAAAAAAAAAAAAAAAAAAAGUGUGCUAUUGUGAAAGUAAAAGCCAUCACUCAAAAGCCCAGAGCUCAAUUUGCUGCUGUUUGACAGAAGCAUAACAUGUAAAAACUAAGAUUUCCAACUUGCAUAUGUUGUAUUUAGGGUUGCUCUGUGUUCAGCCUGAAUGGAAAUGGAUCUAAGCUGUGUAGAUACAGUGCAACAAAAACAGCUUGAUAAAUAUUUGCAGAAACUGAACUGUGGGAAGUGAAUACAUGUUACAUGAUGAAAAAAAUGUAUUAAACUAAAUAUGAGGUUCCCAUUUGACUUGCAUAGUUGUUCAUGGCUGUUUAUAGGUUGCGAGUAAAGUUUGGUGAAUUGUCAGGGUAGGUGGAUGCCUUUAUAAAUGAUUUCUGAACAUCAACUGAGCCUUAUAGCAAGAAUGGAAUAUUUUUAAUAGUAGGAAGAAAAUGUGUCAAGACCAGCGUUAUUUAUUUAUUAAUUAUUUUAAAUGGCUAUUUUUCAUAUGUUACAAUAAAUCUAGCUUUAUUUAUCUUCUUUUAAUAUAUGUUUAAAGAAUGGGGGAUUUCUAGGGUCUCACUCACUGUAUUUCGACCAGUUCACUAGUCAGCACUUUAUAAAAGGAGAAUUUGGAAAGCCAGCUUUGCUUGGAUAGCUCAAAAACUGGUAGUAGUUCAAAGCAUAGCAAAAGAUGAUGAAUCAACAAUGCUGUGUAACAACAGUGAGGUAUUUUUGUGGGUGGGUGCUUCAACAAUAUAGGACCAGAGUUGACUGAAUGACAAGUUGUAAAAGCCGUGCCCUUAUUGAAACAAAUUACUGCUCUUUAUUUUGAAGUUUCAUGUUAUGUUGACUUUGCUUGAAUGUCAGCAUGUGAAACUGUAUAUAGUAUACCUUUAUAUAUGAAUAAAACCUUUAAAGAUGAAUCAGUCUAAGGGGGGAAAAACCUGCCUUAGUUAACCAACACUAGUAUUUGCCGUUUUGUAAAAUAAACAACCCCCAUCCCACAGACGUUUCUUUAUUAAAAUCUUGGAUAUCUUUUCUUGGGAGCAUUCCUCUAAAACAUGCAUUCAGUGAAAUGGAAGCUAGGUCUAUCAGCAGCUGUUAUCCUUAAUAGCUCCAUAGAGCCUCCAUUUUCAUGGAUAAUAUACCUUUGAAUACCAGAUGCUGGAUACAAACAAUUAAGGAAAGCUAAUUAUUGUAUCCGUGUCCUGCUUGCGCACUUCCCAGAGGUGGCCAUUGUAGGGAACAGGAUGCUGCACUCUGAACCCUUGUCUGAUCCAGCAAGAUUUUCUUAUGAAAAUGGUAAUAAGAAAUCAGAAAUCAUGAUGCCAUCCCUUUUACUGAAGCUAAAUCAUGCUGUUUCCCUGAUCCUGUAUCUCAUUUGGAAUGCCUUGAAAUGUGAUACUGUAGUGGUUUUUUUGUUUGCGGCCCUGAAUAAAUAGUGCCUAAUUUCUGUUCUAGAUUCAGAGGUAGUGAAUGGAGCAGCAAAACCCUAUUCCACAGCCAUCUGAGCUCUAAAAAAAUGUUGCCAAUAUUUAUCUUUCAGUCAUUUGAAACUAUUAUUAUUAUUAUUAUUAUUAUUAUUAUUAUUAUUAUUACAUUUAUAUCCCGCUCUUCCUCCAAGGAGCCCAGAGCGGUGUACUACAUACCUAAGUUUCUCUUUCACAACAACCCUGUGAAGUAGGCUAGGCUGAGAGAGAAGUGACUGGCCCAGAGUCAGUCACCCAGCUAGUAUUAUGGCUGAAUGGGGAUUUUAACUCAGGUUUCCCCGGUCCUAGUCCAGCACUCUAACCACUACACCAUGCUGGCUCUCUAAAAUUCUAAAAUUCCUGCCACAAUCCCUCAGUACUGUACCCUCAGUACUGUCAAAUAAAAAUAACAAAGUUGUUAGUUCUAGCAACAGUCACCAGUAUUAAUAAACAAGCAUGUCCCAAGAUAAUUAUUUACAAUUUUUUUUAAUGAGGGUGAGAGAAUGUUAGCAAAAAAGACCCCAAACCUUUGGAGAAACUACUGAUAGCAUUCUUCAAAAUAUGUAGCCAGAAAAAGAGCCCUUUCUCGUGUAAUGGCAAAAUGUGGGCCAAAUGGACCCGUGGUUUGCCUCCCCCUGCUGCUGUGUUCUCCCAGACAAUCAGAAUCUGAAGUCUGGGAGGUGGCAAAGGGGGUGGGACUGGCUGCACGGACUUCCUUCGACCCUGGAGGAAAAGCCCACCCUGUGCCAGCCAAUGGGCUGGCAGCCCAUGGGAGGAGCUUCCUCUCUUACCUCUGGUUUAGGGUGAAAUCCCAAUUCAUAUGUAAUGGAGGAGGGAAUGGACCCUUGGUUUGGUGAGUGGAACUCACUACAAACUGAGGGUUCAUUCCCAGAUUUGUGUGCAAAAUCAGAACUGCGGUUGGGUCUGGGAACUGUGGUUCUGAUAAUUCAGACAUCACUGGGGGCAAACUGGAGGUGAGGUCGGCUCUGGUUUGGCAUGAUGUCCGAAGGUGGCCAAGAGUACCAGGAGAGAGAAAUUAGAAGUCUAAUGAGAAUAUGCAUCCAGAAUCAGGUCUGUGUUGAGUAUUGUGAAUGUUUUCAUAAUUUUAUUGCCUGUAAGCUGUUUUCAUAAUAUAAUAAAAUUAUUUUGUGAACAUAAAAGUUAAAUAAAGCAAUUUACAUUACAUUUAUUAAAUAAA